CAGUUGGAGGGGAAGCGGCAGUUGAGCCCUGUAGAGCCGCGCCCCAGCGUGGGAGAAACGCGCAAGCGGGCUCUGCCCUGGGGGAUGAUGGGAAAUGUAGUUCUUGGCUAGCAGAGGCCAGGGGUUGCCCCCCUGUCUCUGCUGUGGCUGGAGGGGACAAGGAGCACCGCCUGUCUCAAACCUGUGACGUCACUGCGCGGGGUGUGACGUCACCCUGUGCCUCGAAACCCCAGCGAUGCCACGCCUCAUGAGGCAGUGAUGUCACGGGCGCAGCCCUGGGUGCUCCGGGGCACGGCACAGGCGGGCACCCGCCAUAGCGCAUUGGUACAGACGCGCCUCGGAGCCACAGGGCCAGAUCCCGACCUGCCUGGCCCUCGUGCCGUCACUCGUGCUGGUGCCUGGGGGCUGCUCUCCGGCUGUAUUGCCUGGGGACCGUCUCGCGCUUCCUUUGCACCCGCACAAAGGACUGAAUAAACAAAGGCCGGACAGUGGACGCUCAGCUUCUCCGCAGCCAUCGCUGCACCGUUUCCCUGUUAGGCUCUGUGCUGCCGCCCGUCGCCAUCGCCCGAGUGCCUGACCACAGUCCAGUGGUGUUUUCUCUGCACUCAUUUAUUUUUUAAAAAUCAUGAGAACUGAGAUCUUGGAGCAUGAGAUAGCAGCCUCCAGAAAGCAUGACGGGGGGGAUGAUCCAGCCCAGUUCCUCCCCUGGGAAUGGCAGGUCCUAUGUGCCAAUGUGCUUUAGCCAGGCCCAGAGGGACCCCUCUCUUGUCUUCACAUAGAUUUUUGUUUCUGAGCCUGUGUAAUCCCCUGCCUGUUGGAUGAAACUGACAAAGAAGGAAACCUGUUUCUUAGAUUCCCAAGAUCCCUGAAUUGAUACUUUAGGUCUAGCAUUCAGAUAAAAAUCUAUCAUAGUUACCAAAUUCAUGCAGCUUGGGUUGUGCUUUCCAAGGGCUCAGAGCACUCAAGCAGCAGGUGUGAAACUUCCUGCUAUCACAGGUUCAAAUCCCCGUAGGGACAGCUCCAGCCUUCAAUUUAAAUUGAGUUGCUGGGUCAGACUUUCUCUGUUAUGAUGGUGUAAAUCAGGAGUUACUCCUGUGAAGUUGAUGCAGCUAUGCUAGGAUGAGGUCUGCACUUCUUGUGGAAUACGCUUUUAAAAAUAGACUCCUCGGUGGAUGUCAGAGGCCUGAGGGCACUUGCGGUAGGGUUUGGGGCGGGGGAGCGUUUGCCCCAAAGCUGUUGCUGUGCGAAAUGCAUAUGAACCUGAGGGAAGGGAAGUGGCACUCAUAGCUUUGUCUCAUUUAUCUCCAGAGAAGAAUAAGAAACGUCAAAAGAGACAUGGUGGCAGUGUUCCUCCCCAGCACAGGGAGCGUCCCCCCCAAGGAGAGCGUGGACUGUGGCUGAGUUUGGAAAUAUGAGUUGUUAUCUGGCAGGGCAGGAGGGGCUCCAGCUGGGGUUAUCUCUGCGCUGCAGGCUGGCAUGCUGGCAUUUUCCGCACAGCCCACGGCCUCUCACAUCGAAGGAGGAAGGAUAUAAUUGAAAGGAGAUAAGCAAAGGUCACUAUUGCUCCUGCUGUCUGGGGUGAUGCAAGAGCGCUCUGCACUGGGUGAUGAGCUUGUGGGGAAAGCUCUGAAGGAAUGAGAUUGCUGAGGAGAAUCAGGGGAGAAUCAGGAGAGCUGGGUGGUGCUCCAACAGCUACAUGUGUUCCUGCCCCACUGCCUACGGUGCCCCCUGCUGGCGGAGGCUGGUAUUGGAGUAGCUGUGAGCCCCUCACAACCAGCUUUCUUCCAGCUUUCCCUAUAGGGAAUGUAGUGUCUGCCAUCCACAAAGUCUAGAGGAAACGCUAGAUCCCCAUAACAACUCCAGGGAUGGAGAGGGCAAAGCAGACAGACAAGACUCCUGGGUCUGUCCCCAGCUCUACUGCUGACUGCCUAUGAUAGCUCAGGAGAGUCCCUGACCCUCUCUGUGCCUCAGUUUCUCCCCAUGGCAAAGUGGGGGUAAUGGUCCUCACAAGGGGUGGGAAAAGCCAGUCCAAGGGAGCAGGGCCCUCGGGAGCUUCCAACCUUCCCAGCAGCGUCACAUGGGCAGCUCUGACCCCUGGCCUUGUUGGCUGGGGGAACGACAGAGGGGUUUGAAUGGAUGCUCCAUGCAUGGGGAGGGUUUGCAUUUGUGUGUGAGAGAGAGAGAGAGAGAGAGAGAGACACACAGAGAGCCACUGGCUCACCGCCGACGUCUGUCCCUCCGCCUUGGGCACAGCGAUAACCAGGAAAAGGUUAUCAGCGUCUCGCUCCCUGGCACCCAGGCCUGAUGUCCCUAGCUCCAACGGAAAGGUCUCUGUGUGCCACUCGAGUGACUCGGCCAGCUAAUUGGAGAGAUAGCACCAGAGCCGAUGGCCAAAGGCCACCCUUUGUGUGGUGUCUCCGAGGGGCUCCUCAGCAGGGAGGGGGUGGGAUGUAUAAAGGGGGCCGCAGUGGGGCUCAGGAGGCAGCUGUGAGCUCUUCUGGCCUUGGCGUCCAUCUCGCCACCCCAAGCAGCCAUGCAGAAGCUCCUUCUGGCUCUGGCUUUUGGGUUGCUGUUCUCGGAGCUGAGGCUGGGGGCUGAGGGCCGGAACCCACCCUACGGCGUCAAGCUGUGUGGGAGGGAGUUCAUCCGGGCUGUCAUCUUCACCUGUGGGGGCUCCCGCUGGAGACGGACAGGUGACCUCGAUAUCCUGAGCAGCCCCCCUGCAGGGGAAGACUCCGCAGAAGCCGCCUCCAGUGAGUGGGAUGCCAGCCACCUGCCCGGGACACUGCCCCACCAAGAGCUCUCCUCCGACUACCACGAGAGGUGGAGAGGCAAACCGGGCCGCGGCCUCGCCGAAGCAAGCUGGCCUCUGGAGCGCGUCGUCCGGGACGUCAUGGCAGGGCUGAGCACCUCGUGCUGCAAGUGGGGAUGCAGCAAGAGCGAGAUCAGCUCCCUGUGCUAGAGGCGGGGGGCUGGGGCACAGGGGGAGGGGGCAGGGUUCAGCACACGGCACCGCAUGUUGGCACUAGGUCUUCAGCUGGCAUCAGGGCAGCUCUGAUUAGCACCGGCGGAGGAUCUGGCCCUGGGAUCACAGCUGCAAGUAGAAACCCACAGUUAAGAGCCCUGCAGUUGCUCAGCUCCCUGGGAGCUCUAUCCGAGUGAGGACUGCAGGGAACGGGCCGUGGAAAUGUAUGUGACUUCAGAUGGGGUAAUAUAAUGCUGGGGGUGGCCCCUGGAAGGGGGCAGUGGUGGACUCCAGGGUUCUGGGGCAAAUGGAGAUGGGCGGCUGAGUUUUGAUUUGGACAUGAAUAAGGAACCAGAUGACAAAUCUCGCCCUGCCCUUCCCCUUCCAGUUGUGGUGUCCCGUCCCCCCCCCCCCGCCCCAUGUUGCCUCUUCUUGCGCUGGUAUUCAGGGUUAAAUAAAAGAUCAAAAGAAAUUAACUGUGUGAGAGGGACUCUGGGAUCAGGGGCAUGGGGCUGCACAUUCCCACACCCUGGAAAAUCGGAGCGAUUUAGCAGGGGCUGGACCUUCCCCAGAGCGCCUCCUGCUGGUGCUGGAGUAGCCAGGAGCUCCCCUCCAGUCAGCACAUCUCCCCCGCUCCCUGUCCCGCCCCCUGUUGGGAGAAGCCAGGACUGCAAUGGCUGUGAGCUACCCUCCCACAGCUGGCACAUCUGCCCUGCUCCCUGCAGCACCCCCUGCUGAGACUGGAGCUCCCCACCCAGCCAGCUCUCCUCCUCCCAUCCUGUAGGGCCUGUUGCUGGGAGAAGCCGGGCGUGGACUAGCUGGAGCCGCAGCUAUGUCCCAUAGCCCUUCCUGGGAAAGCCCCUGGGCUGAGAAUUCCCGUCAGGUUCUGCCUUACUUCCCUGUGGCGUCAUGUUUUAUGGUGAAUUCCAGGAAUGAUUCUCCUCUUACCCCCGCUUCCAGUCCGUCCCCAGCGAUCGAUGCAUAACAGCAACGGUUGGGCAAGCCUGGUAAACACCACUAGCAAGGGACACUCUUAAAACCCUGCAUGUGUUCUCUGUUUGUCCAGCCCCUAACAGAGCAGGGUCCUGGUCUAUGACAGGGGUGCCUAGGCCUGAUACACCCCCUAAAUCCCCCAGGAGCCAAGUGACCAUGGACGGGCUCACAGAAAAGAGGUUUUCAAAGGGGUUCAAAAAACCCCUUUCAAAAGAGGUUUAGCAAAGGGCUUUUCAAGAGGAGUCGACACAGCUCCAGGGGCAGGGCCCCAUGGCUCCGAUUCUCUGGCUGGUGGGCUGCAGGCUGGAUAGUCAGCCUUCAAAUCUGUGGGGCUGGUCAACUGUCACUCUGCAGCUGGUGGAGUCAGUUAGCUUAGUGCUAACCACUAGACCCCAAUCCCCUCCCCGUGCUGGGAAGAGAACCUAGGAGGGCUGGGGCCUGGCCCCCCUGCUCUAACCACUAGACCCCACUCUCCAUCAGAGCUGGGAAUAAAAACCAUAAGUCAUGACUCCCAGCCCUCCCCCUCCCCUGCUCUACCCACUUGACCCCACUCCCCUCCCAGAGCUGGGGAUAAAACCCAGAAGUCCUGACUUUCUUCCUUUGCUUGCACAUCUCCUUGCACUGGAAUCUCCUUAAUGAGGGAUAUUAUUAGAUGCACGUUAGUACAUUGUGUGGCACUGAACAAAGAAUGUUACUUAGUGUUUGUGAUGAAGUGGGACUAUUCUUAAUGUUUCCUCUGAAUUGUGUGGGGGUGCCUCAGUUUCCCCUAUGCAGUUCUUAAGUAUCUAGGGGGUGGGGUAAGGGUGUAUGAUCAUUGCAGAGCCCUAGAGGGCAGGUGUGUGCAGGGGUCUGGACACAGACAAUGGCCGACACCGUUUCCUGGCCACUGAUGGCCUGAGCCCUCCCCCCCUGCAAGGUGAGAGCUAAAGGGUUGGAGAACAAAGAAAUCCGGUGACCUCCUGGCCCGGGAAAGGGACAAAGCCCAGAGGAGGAGGGGCUGGAGGGAGUUUCAGUUUGGGGCUGGCUGGGCACAUGGAGUGAAGUGCAGAUGUGGUUGUCUGGCUCACUGCCCCCCAGAAUGGACCCAGCUGAGGGGUCCUGUUCCCUGCACCUACAAGCUCUGUGUUAGACCAUGUCCCUGUCGUCUAAUAAACCUUCUGUUUUACUGGCUGGCUGAGAGUCACGUCUGACUGCGGAGUUGGGGGGCAGGACCCUCUGGCUUCCCCAGGACCCCGCCUGG